UCACACACAACAAUAAAACCGAAAGAGGGAGCGAGAAAGAUUGUCAUUACAUUCUUCGAGAGCGACCCAACCCAACCUCUAACUCCUCCGACCUCCUCCUCCUCCGUCUCCGGCUACGUUCCUAGGGUUUCAUUCGAUUCGUAGGGUGGCCGGUGGGUCCACCCGAACUCAUCCACCGCCACCGCCACCGUCGGCGUUCAUACCUUACCAUGCAUUGUUAGGUAGGCGGCCAAUUACCAAUGCAUUGGUGGCAAUUCUCCUCCUUCUCAUCCUCAUCCUCAUCCUCCUGCAAGCACCACUGCGAAGACGAUAGUGCUCUGCGUAAGAUAUUCCCCUUCCGCCGCCUCGGCUUCCGUUCGCGGCGGCGGAGACUCACCCGCGCCAGGAAUGUCCGCUACCUCAGCGACAGCGAAGUCGGGGAGCCUCCACGGUUGUGGUGCAGCCCCGAUCAGUUGUCCCCUCGGUCCUCUGCGGCGCUUCCGCAGCCCCUUCCUCUUCCCGACUUGGCCAUGCUCCUCCGCCACGCCACCGUCGAAUCUCAUAAUUCGAAUUCGAUCCCCGUGAAUGUUCCUCUUCCAUCGCCCAAAGAACCGCCUUGCAGCAGAUAUGGAGAGGAGAGAGAAAGAGCCGAUGCUGCUGCUGUCACCACCCCCACCGCCAUCCCUACCUUUGAAAGUUCAUUUGCUUCCCGUGGCUUCCGAAGAAAUAAGGAGCAUGCUGACACUCAGCGAUCUAGGAUGACUCCUCAAGAACUGAGUGGCAUUGAAAGGUUUCAAGAAAGCUAUGGUAUCAACUAUGGUAUCAAUGUACCAAUUAGUGCUCCAGCCAGUGUUUUCUCAAGUCCUGCAAUGAGCCCUCAAAGAAGUACUAGGGAUAUUUAUCCAUAUCACUAUAUGACUCCUCAAGCAUUUCAAGUUUGGUCUUCACCAGAUAUGCCUCCUUUAGAUAUGAAUGUAGGUCUGAGGUUUUCUUAUCAGAUGUACCCUGAGAAAACUGCUUUAAGUGUUGAUAAUUCGCCUCUCCAUAGUCCAAGUGUAAGUCCUUGCCGCACUAGAAGUCCUAGUGGACCCCCAUCACCAUUGCAUAAUAAAUUAUCCAUCGAGAUUCCAAUAGCACCGCGUGAUAGUAAUGCUCAAGCCAAUGUCCAUCCCUUGCCUCUUCCUCCCGGAGCGACCACGCCUUCGCAGCAAACUUCUGUUCCUCAGGUCACAGCUAAACCAGAUUCGAUGCCAAAAAAAUCUCAAUGGCAAAAGGGAAAGCUUAUUGGGCGCGGUACAUUUGGAAGUGUCUAUGUCGCCAGCAACAGAGAAACUGGAGCUUUAUGUGCAAUGAAAGAAGUUGAGUUGUGUCCUGAUGAUCCAAAAUCUGCAGAGAGUAUAAAACAAUUAGAGCAGGAAAUUAAAGUUCUCAGCCAGCUAAAGCAUCCAAACAUUGUGCAGUAUUAUGGUAGUGAAAUAAUUGGAGACCGAUUUUACAUAUAUCUGGAAUAUGUUCAUCCUGGUUCAAUUAAUAAAUAUGUCCAUGAACAUUGUGGAGCAAUUACGGAAUGUGUUGUACGCAGUUUUACUCGCCAUAUUCUCUCUGGGUUGGCUUACUUGCAUAGCACAAAGACAAUACACAGGGACAUCAAAGGGGCUAAUUUGCUUGUUGAUUCAAAUGGGGUUGUCAAGCUUGCUGACUUUGGGAUGGCUAAACAUCUUAGCGGGCCAGCAGCUAAUCUUUCUUUAAAGGGUAGUCCAUACUGGAUGGCUCCUGAGCUCUUACAGUCUGUGAUGCAGAAAGAUGUUAGUUCUGAUGUUGCUCUGGCUGUUGAUAUUUGGAGUUUAGGUUGUACUAUUAUUGAAAUGUUGAAUGGGAAACCUCCUUGGAGUGAAUAUGAAGGGGCUGCAGCUAUGUUCAAGGUUAUGAGAGAGAGCCCUUCCAUACCCGAAACCUUGUCGCCUGAAGGCAAGGAUUUCUUACGUAGUUGUUUCUGCAGAAAUCCAGCAGAGAGGCCAUCAGCCAGCAUGUUACUAGAACAUCGAUUCUUGAAAAACCCACAGCAAUUGGAUGUUCCAACUUGCACUCAGGCACUUAAUGCAAUGAAAUUAACGGAUAUAGCAUUGUCUCCAAGAGAGCUUCCCAGUCAUAAACUCGAGCAGUUGGUAGUGUCUCCAGUGGCACAGACAAAUAGAGUAAAACCAGCAAACAAUGAGACUCGUCAACAAUCAGACUUGACAGCGGUGCCCCGUCAUUCUCCUCGUUCUACUCUGGAUGCCCUUCCUAGUUUAUCCCCUCCGCGCUUGAGUCAAAGCACAUAUCAUCCCAGCCCUACUGCAAAUAUGCCCAGCCCUACCAGAGAGAGUGCUAAAAAGAACCAAUACUUGCAAUGACAUGCCGAAGGGAAUUUCCGUUUCUUCUGAUCUUGUUUUCUGAUAAAUUACAGUUCUUCCAUGAACUUUGUGACUUGCAGACAUAGGGAGUUGCAACGUAGGUUUUUUUUUAGCCUCAUCUCAAUUGUCGUCGUUGUCUAAAGUGCGAGGUUUGUUCGUCCUUGAAGAUUUCGUUAACUGGGUAUUUAGUAGCAGGUUUCGUAUACUGUUUUCUAUAUGGAGCUUUGGCAAUUGCAAAAGUUCAUUUUAACAUGUAUACCCCGAAAUGUAAUACUCUGAAAUCCAUGUACAAUUGGAGUCGAUGUGAAUGUGUAGAUAUCAAAAUGUUGAAGUUAUUUAGCGAGCUGUCUACUAUAUUUGUCUUUGAUUUUAGUUGGAUUUCAUCGUGGCCGUUUGAUAUUAGUUGUCUGUUCCUGUUGCAGUCUGUUUCAUGAAAG